AUGCAAUUAUGUGUUAAUCAUGUAAUUGUUUAUUAAAUAAACAUAGAUAUUAAUGAAAAUUUAGAAUAAUUAAAAUAAAUUAGUUUUAUAUACAACUGAGAAAUAAAAAGAUUAAAUUUGAAUCUUUAAAAUAGAAUGAAAAUGCAAAAUCUUAAUGUGAAAAAAUUAAGUAAAUUCUAGCUAAGUUGUAAGAAUUUUUAAAUUAAGUCCAUGAAGAUAUUAAAAUUAUGUUGAUCUAAAUGAAAGAAAUUUUUGAAAGACUAUUAUCUCCAACAUUAUAUACAGUAAUCAUUUAGGAUAAGAAGCUUAUGAUUUUGUAUUAAGAUUAUAUCCGGAAUUAAAUUAAGGAAACUCUUUCAGAGUUUUAUACAAAAUAUGAUUUGAAAAUUGUAUCAAACCAACUUAAUUUUAGGAUAAAUAAUUUUAAAGAUUUUGA